CAUCAUGGACCUGCGGAUGUGGCCAACUGCAAAGGGUGUGUGGCUCGCCGUUCUGCUGGACGUUACGUUCGCUGAAUCCGCCAGUUCGCGGCAAACCAUGCAGCGUCGCUGGAGCACCGAUUCCAACGAGCAUUGGGAUGACGACCCGUUCACCGUGCCAACCAGCAUCGUAGUCUGGUCCAUCCUGGCUGCGGUCUUGGCGGUGAUCGUCAUUCUGUUCGUCUGCUGCUGCAUGUGCUCGAGGAGGUCUCGCAUGCAGGCAGUACGGCAGCCGCUGGUGCCUCCGCCAAUGGCGCCGGCUACUCUCGGACCAGCCGUGCGCAGCUACACACAGCCUCCAGUUCCGCGCAGGCUCACGGCUCCUGUAGCCCCGUACCCGCAGCCGCAACCGUACUACUACCAGCAACAGCAGACGGCACCCUACCCACAAGAGGGACUCUACGUUGGUCACAACAUGGCUCCUUUCACGGAACCUCUAACGGCGCCCACGCCACUGCCAUCGGCGCCCGUCCCGCCGCCGCCGUACAGUUACGGACAGCAAUAUGGUCGAUGACACGGCGCAGCCGUAGACACACGUGGUGAUGAUACUCGACGUUUACUGCACCGCGUGCAGUGAAGAACCUUUGCCAGGGCGUCGGCAUGCUGACUCCGACCGGACCCGUCUGAAGAACGUCCAAAAACUCGACAAGUCGGACAGUUCCGUGCAUAACCAUAGUGCUGGUGACAGUGCGCGCACAGCGUUUGCAAUGUGGAUGAUAGAAUGUGUGAAAUAGCGCAUAAUGUGCAUAAUAAUAAUGCGAGCGUAAGAAUUGGUGCUUGUGUGCGCGCAUAAUCACUAUGUGAGCAUAUAUAACUAUACUGUCUACUUCUGUGUGUGCUCGGUAUACCGCACACGUACACCCAUAAACAAA